UCUAAUUGCCCUGAUCUCAUCCCAACCUCCAUAGCUGUGUUUAAAGUCCACCUCUGGGGAACACACAGACUGAGUGCUCCAGAUAAUCCCUUUCCCAGUCCUGCUUGGCAUCUGGCCGGUGGGCCGUGUACCCAGACUUCCUGGGACACUGGCUGGGGUUUGAGGAGGGACCUCAGUACCUACCUGGCUACAGGAUGACGCUGGCCACCAGCUUCUUGAUUUUGUGGCUCAGCCUCGGGGGUGGCCUGGCUCAGAGUGACACCAGCCCUGACGCAGAGGAGUCCUAUUCAGACUGGGGCCUUCGGCACAUCCGGGGCAGCUUUGAAUCUGUCAACAGCUACUUCGAUUCCUUUCUGGAACUGCUGGGAGGGAAAAAUGGAGUCUGUCAGUACAGAUGUCGAUAUGGAAAGGCACCAAUGCCCAGACCUGGAUACAAGCCUCAGGAGCCCAACGGCUGCAGUUCCUAUUUCCUGGGUCUCAAGGUACCAGAAAGUAUGGACUUGGGCAUUCCAGCAAUGACCAAGUGCUGCAACCAGCUGGACGUCUGUUAUGACACUUGUGGUGCCAACAAGUAUCGCUGUGAUGCAAAAUUCCGAUGGUGUCUCCACUCUAUCUGCUCUGACCUUAAGAGGAGUCUGGGCUUUGUCUCCAACGUAGAAGUAGCCUGUGAUUCUCUGGCUGAUACUGUGUUCAACACUGUAUGGACCUUGGGCUGCCGGCCCUUUAUGAACAGUCAGCGGGCAGCCUGCAUCUGUGCAGAAGAGGAGAAAGAAGACUUAUGAGGAAGAGGUGAUUCCUUUCCCAUUUUGAGUGACACCACAGCCGUCAGUCUGGGAGAUGGUAGUAUGGCAGAUGUGUCUCAUUCUUUUUUCCAAAAAUUUGGAUACCGCAAAGCAGGAGAAAGGAAACACUAUUCUACAGCUGAAAAGUGAAUCAUCGUUUGAGGAGAACUGGAAAAAAGACAUGGAGUGAUUUGAAGACUAUACUUCACUUUAACACUGGUCUCCCCAACCAAGACAUAUUUGCCUGGAAAUUCAGUUCUUAGUUUAAAGACUAAAAUACCAGGAUUCCUGGAAUUAAUAAUUAUAUUCAUAAGUGAAAUUUUGGAGAGGCCAACCAUUUGGGAGGCAAUGACUUUCCUCUGGUCCAUGUUUCAGUUGCCAGUAAGCAUCUCACAUUUAAUAAAGUGUACUUUUUAGAUAAU